CGCGGCGCCGUUGCCCCGCCCUCUCUCGGCGCGCGCCGGCGUCGGCUGCGUCUCCGGGCAUUUGAAUUGCGCUUCCGCCAUCUUUCCAGCCCUCAGUCAGACGGGCGCGGAGACGCUUCUGGAAGUAACAUCGCGAUGGCUGCCCAAGGAGAACCCCAAGUUCAGUUCAAACUUGUUUUGGUUGGUGAUGGUGGUACUGGAAAAACUACAUUCGUGAAGCGUCAUCUGACUGGUGAAUUUGAGAAGAAGUAUGUAGCUACCUUGGGUGUUGAGGUCCAUCCUCUUGUGUUCCAUACCAACAGAGGACCUAUUAAGUUCAAUGUAUGGGAUACAGCUGGUCAGGAGAAAUUUGGUGGACUGAGAGAUGGUUAUUAUAUACAAGCUCAGUGUGCCAUUAUAAUGUUUGACGUAACAUCAAGAGUUACUUACAAGAAUGUGCCUAACUGGCAUAGAGAUCUGGUACGAGUGUGUGAGAACAUCCCAAUUGUGUUGUGUGGCAACAAAGUGGAUAUUAAGGACAGAAAGGUUAAGGCAAAGUCAAUUGUCUUCCACCGAAAGAAGAAUCUUCAGUACUAUGACAUUUCUGCCAAAAGUAACUACAACUUUGAAAAGCCCUUCCUCUGGCUUGCUAGAAAACUGAUUGGAGACCCUAACUUGGAGUUUGUCGCCAUGCCUGCUCUUGCCCCGCCAGAGGUGGUCAUGGACCCAGCCUUGGCAGCACAGUACGAGCACGAUUUAGAGGUUGCUCAGACAACUGCUCUCCCGGAUGAAGAUGAUGACCUGUGAGAAAGUGAAGCUGGGGCCCAGCGUCAGAAGUCUAGUUUUAUAGGCAACUGUCCUGUGAUGUCAGUGGUGCAGCGUGUUUGCCACUUUAUUAUAUAGCUAAGCAGAACAUGUGCUUAAUCUUUGGAUGCUGAAGGAGAUGGAUGGGCUUUGGAGUGAAUGUGGCAGUUUAAAAAAAAAUACCUUCAUUUUUUGGACCUGCAUAUUUAGGUGUUUUGGAACACAGUUGUUUCCUCCUUGAGUUUCAAAUAUAAGACUGCUAUAGUCACAUGACAAUAUUGAGAGGUGGAAUCUUGUUUGUUACUGUCAUUCCCAUUCCUUUUCGUUUAGAAUCAGAAUAAAGUUGUAUUUCAAAUAUCUAAGCAAGUGAACUCAUCCCUUGUUUAAAUGAGCAUUUUAAAACCGCUAACAGGGAAAGUUGUGCCAUGUUACUAUUUGAAUUGCCUUUGCUAUUACCACUUAACUUCAAGUCAGUUAGGAUAAAUGCUUCUAAUUUUCUGUAUACUUGAAUCAUUUCACAAACGUAAUGACAAGUCAACAGUAUUGUAUUUGAUAAGAGGUGUAAAUACUAUCAAUAGUUAGGCUAAAAUAACACCUACCCCACCUGCCUUUGGGCUUAGGUAGUGUCACCUAGGGAUGAGAUUUAUGUGACCUGUCAAAGGUGGUACCUGUUUCAGAUGUUUCAAACAGAUACUUUAAUUAUAUUUGCAUUUUAUGGCAGAAGUAACCAUUUUCUAAUGUAGAGCUUGUCAAAGUCCAGUGAAAUCGUACAGAUGGUUGCAGGAACUUGAGGGACAUCUCAUCUGUUAAAUAUGAGUGUAAUUGUGCAUUUACUUUUUUGUUUUUUGAUAUUACAUUUUUAAUGUAAAGUUGGCAUUCUAGAAGAUGUUCCAUGUUUACCUGCUGUUAGGUACUCCCAAGCUUUAAAGGUUAUCAAAGAUUAAGGAUUUCAAUGGAUAUAUCACAGCUUUGAUGAUUUUUCUCUCCCCAAAGAAUUUUUCUGGGUGGUGCAAGAACACCUCAGGAUGAUGCAGCAGAAAAGUAGGUCUUAGGAAAGCCUCUCAGUGAUGUGAACAGACUGCCAGACUUUGAGUAGAUUAACCACUUAACGUUGUAUGGUUUCACAUGUAAACAUGAAUUGGGUCUGUCUUGCCUGAGUUUGAUCUCACUGACACCAUACUGUAGCAAUUAGAAAUCAAGACGAGCUAUUUUCCUCUUGUAAGUACUACUGUACUAUAGUUCAGUUUACCAAAGUUCUUUAGAUGUCCAGUUAUCCUUAAAUGAUUACUUUGCUACCUAAAAGUAGGGAAGAAUCCCUUUUAAGUAUAUGGAAAAAUAGACUAAAGGAUAAAAUUGGAUACAUUUUAAUUUGUUAAAAUAUUGAAUAAAUAUUAAUAGAUUGACUUAUGAUUUGAAUUGAUGUAUAUACUAUGCUAUAUUCAGUUCAAAACCAGACUUUAACAGAUACAAAGUUUCCAUGAUCAGAUGAAAUCUUUCAUUGAGAUACAUGAGGGAUAUGUAUUUGUAACCGUAUGUAGAAUGCCAGUAUGACUAAUACUCUGAAGCCUAAAUGUAACAGUAAAAUUUUGGGAGCUACUUGGAGGUGGGAGAGAAUUUGAGUCAUUCUUGGAAGAAAAUUGCAAAAUAUAUUGCUUCUACUUUGCCUGGA